AUGUUGAGAUUUCAAUAUUUUGAUAUUACUGAUCCAAGUAUUCUCUGGAAUCUUUUGAAAAAAAGAUUUGAUCAUCAAAAGGAUGUUAUACUUCAAAAUGCUAGAGAUGAAUGGAGAACACUAAGGUUUCUAGACUUCAAGAAGGUAAAUGAAUAUAACUUAGCUUUGUUCAGAAUAUGUUCACAACUCAAAUAUUGUGGACAAGAAGUUACUGAUGAAGAUAUGUUGGAGAAAACUUACUUCACGUUUCAUGCAACAAACAUUACCUUGAUGCAACAAUAUCGAUUGCAAAAGUUCACAAGAUAUUCUGAACUGAAUGCAUGCCUGCUUGUUGCAGAACAAAACAAUGAGCUCUUGAUGAAAAACCAUGAAUCUCGUCCAUCGGGAUUAGUAGCGCUUCCUAAAGCAAAUGCUACAUUGAUACUCAUAAAAACAAUAUGCGUGGACGAGGGCGUGGUCGAGGACGAUGCCAUUGUUAUUUUAAUCGAAACCAAAGCCAAAAUCAGAACCUUAAUACUGGUCGUGGACAAGGUAAUAAUCGUGGUCGUGGCUAGAAAAUGA